AUGGAGAAAAUUGUCUACUCUUUUGACAGCGUCUCCUUCUUCGCUGCCGUUGUCGUGUGCGGCAUCCUCUCGAUCCGCAUCAUCGUCCCCCCCAACCACACGCCCAAAGCGAGCGCCUGGAAGAGCGACAGCAUCGCCUUUUACGCUGGCAACAAUGCCUUCAUCUACAUGUCCAUUAUUGCCGUCUCGGCCCUCAACCUCUACUAUGCCGCGCUCGUCGUGAGCCCGCCCGCGACGGCUGCCCGCAUCUGCCCCGUCGGCACCACAGCCCGCCUCAACCGGGAGCUGUUUGCCUGGAGCCCGACCACGAUUGCCUCGUUCCUGGCCAUCCUAGUCGGCGCGCCCCUGCGGCUGGGCGCCUUUCACGGCCUCGGUCGCAACUUUACCUUUGGCCUGGCCAAGCCGAGCGGGCUGGUCACGGACGGCAUCUACAGAUACAUCCAGCACCCCAGCUACACGGGCAUCUUUCUGGUGGCAGUUGCUGCCGCGGCCACCUUUUUCCGUCCAGAUGGCGCUGCGGCAUGCCUGAUCCCGACAAAGUAUGGGCCGCUCAUCGAUGCCUGGCUGCCGACGGCCUAUGCUGGACUUGGGCUGCUGACCGUCUUGCAAAUCUACACGCGCGUCUCCCAAGAGGAAGCCAUGCUGAAGGAACUCUUUGGCAAAGAGUGGAUACAGUGGAACAAGCGUACGGCAAGGUUUGUUCCAGGUCUUCUAUAG